CGACGAGGCGCUUGUAUAAAUUUCACUAGUUCAACUCGGCGAAUUUACCAUUGAACUAAAACUAUAGCUUGGUUUUGGAUAUGGACCCUGUUCAUCCCACUUGCUCGCCGCAAACUGAUCGAAAUAAACCUUUCACUGCACCUCUUUGGGCCGCUGUUCCGCCCUCAUCAAUUCAGUGCUAUAUUGUCACCUUGAUGAACCAAAAUCCUAUUCAAUGUGUAAAACUUGAAAAUAGUUCCACUUGGAUUAUUGGACAACCUAAACCUUUUAAUCCUACCUUCCCAAGCGAUCAUAAGUCAGUAAGUCGGCAAAAUACCGCCAUUUGCUUUCAUAAAUACAGCCAACAAUUUUACCUCAUCGAUCUUCAAUCCGCAUAUGGAACCUUCUUAAACGACACCAAAGUGUCAAGCUACGUUCCUGUGCCUCUCGUUGAAAACUCAAGAAUUCAAUGUGGUCAAGAUACAUCACGAACGUUCAGUUUCUGCUCUGGUCUUCCUCCUGCUCACAUUGAAAGUCUAUUAUUGACUUCCCCUCAAGAAUCUAUUCGAGCCUCACACAUUUUGGUCAAACAUGCGCAAUCUCGACGUCCUGCCUCUUGGAGACAGGCUCAGAUUACAAGGUCUAAGCAAGACGCCUACUCUAUCAUCAAGGAGUAUUUGAGACUACUUCAAAAUGAAGAAGCAGAUUUUGCUACAUUGGCCUCUAAAUUUAGCGAUUGUUCGAGUGCCCCCAGAGGUGGGGAUUUAGGAUUUAUCAAACAAAAAACUAUGCACGAGCAGUUCGAACGAGCUGCCUUCAAGCUAAAAAUAGGUGAAUUAAGCGAUAUCGUCGAAACAAAUUCUGGACUCCAUAUCAUUAAAAGAACCGCGUGA